AUGGCUUCCACUCCUACCACAACUGCUCCGGUCAAGCGAGCCUGCGAUAGCUGUCACCGAAGAAAGGUCAAGUGCAUUGGUGAAGGCACGGCCCCUUGCAAGAACUGCGUCUCUGCUGGCCUUGCAUGCACAUACAAUGCCAUCCCACAGAAGAAAGGCCCUAAAGGCAGCCGCGCCAAAGUCCUAUCUGAACUUCGCGAAACUCAACGCAAUGCUCAACUUGCUGCCGGAUUCCCAACCGAUCUUGGAUUCGAUGGCCGGACACUAUCCUCGACAUUUGCUCGCACACCUGGCCUUAUGCCCCCCGCUCUCGUUGAGAGCUGCAUAGAAUACUUCUUCGCCCAUGUCUACCCCUCAGAGCCUGUCUUGCAUCGCCAAAGAGCGCAAGAAGCCGCAGUCGGUAUGGACCGCUCGACAGAGGCAUACUGUAUGGUGGUUGCACUAUGCGCCUACGUCAUGAUUCAGGCCAACCACAAGCCACCCGUCAGCGUACUACCACGACCAGAAAUGGCCCACAUGUCAAAUGUCGGCAUCGGCCAUGUCCUGCUGGAAGAGUCGGUUCGUGUACGACAAGGCUACGAUCACCGCGAGAAUCCCACCCACUACAGCGUGCUCACAUCAUGGUUCUACAGUGGCUGCUACUUUGGACUGGCGCGCGAGAACACAGCAUGGACAUACCUCCGGGAUGCUACUACACAAGCGCAGCUACUUGGUAUGCAUGACGAGGAGACCUACAAACACGACCCUCUCGAUAUAUCACGCAAACGAGUUCUGUACUGGCUGCUCUUCAUAGCUGAAAGGACAUAUGCGUUACACAAACAUCGCCCAAUUACCUUACAUCCAACCAUCCACCCGCCUUCGCUAGACGAGGUUCCUUCCGAUCGACCCAUUGCCGUUGGACUGGAACUUAUGAUCAACAUGUUCAAGAUCAUAGACGAUACAUUCAUCAACCUCUGGAAUCGAGUGCACAACACACAUGCAAGCGCGGCAUGGAUUACGCAAGUCCAAACCCAACUUUCAGAGGCCGUUCCCGCAUAUUUUGAGUGCACAGAAGUCCAAGAAGUUCAAAUCCGCAUCACACAACAAUGGCUGCGAUCACAGGCAUGGCAACUAAGUGUUUGCCAGGGCCUUGUGAGCAGCGUGUCAAAUGACAUCCCCCUCACAUUCAAAUACCCCAUCGAAAUCGCCAGGGACCUUCUCACUAUUUCGCACCAAUUUUCCCAACAAGCCAUGGAAAUGCACGGCGUAGGACUGAUCGAGAAGCUAUUCGACAUUGCUUGCUGUCUGACUGAUGUCGUUGCAUGCACAUCCUUUUCGCCUGAUGCAUUUGCUUUGGGCCCUCGCGACUAUGUGUCGCGUUUCCUCACUCUCAUAUCGACCCUUCGUGGUGGACAGACUCGAUACCUUCCUCUUCUCCUCGCAAAGCUCUCCGAAGUCCUACCCAACCUUCCGCUUCCCCGGUCACUGAACCUCCCCCAGACGGUUCCCGCAGGCACGCUCGGCCUUAAUGCUACUGGCUCGGGGACACUUCCCUCCAAUGUCGCCGAUGACUAUUCGGCGAAUCCCAACGCAACGUCGCCCUCGUAUCCUUCAAAUGAUCUGAUUCGUCGACUCGCCGCCCAGACCGGAGCCCAACUUCCCUUCAAUACAUCCCAGCAUUCCAUGGUCAAUGUACCUACUACGCAUGUGGGCGACAUGUCCCUGUACGACUCCUCACACAGUACAGCACAUUCGCACUCAUCUAGCUCAGCUCCCAGGAGCACUUCUACGACACCUGGCCCCUACGAGACUCCUAUGUCACAACGGGGGUCGCAAAUCGUAGGUCACCCGACCAUGCAACUCCCCACCUCGCACGGGCACAUGCAGAGCCACCACAUGGGCGUUAAUGCUACAGCAUACGACCCACGUUUUUCUAUUCAAAGUUACCCCGUCGACCCCAUGAUGUACAAGCAAUAG